AUUAGAGAGUGUUGGACUAGUAGUCGAACGGUUGACAAUCAGGUGAUUUAGAGGUGGAUUAUUAGAACAGAGUUCAACAAGAUAUGGAUUUGAUUUUAGCGUGGGCGGUGCUGUUGCAAUAUUGCUUCAUCACGUCAGCUGCAGAGACAGCAAUCUACUGCAAAAAGCCCCUUGAUCCCUUGGAUGGGCAAUGUUCUGGAAACUCUUAUCGGUACCAGGAAGUGGCUCAGUGUACAUGCAAUGCCGGAUACUUCAUGAUAGGCAGCACAGAGAUAACAUGCAACAAUAGAGCUCUGUGGUCUCCAUCUCCACCACAAUGCCGAAGAGUCUAUUGUCCUAACUUGCGGUAUGAUACAACUCGUUUAUGGUUGAGCAUCAAAAGAAGUAGACAUGCAAAGAGAUGCUCCUCGAGCAAAUAUUGCGUAGGAGAUAUCAUUACUUUCUCGGCUCUUCCCGGGUACUACCUACAAGGUAGAUCUUACCUUGCAUGUCUGCAGCAGAAAUCGACCUAUGAAAGCAGGGGCAACUGGAAUGUCAGCCAACCACCGCAGGCUUUAGCGGUCAACUGCAGAAAACCCAUUGAUCCAAUCAAUGGACGAUGUUCAGGAAACUCCUAUCGCCCUCAGGGAGUUGCUCGGUGUAGAUGUGAUGUUGGAUACUACAUAAAAGGCCGAAGAGAUAUAACAUGCAACGCUAGAGCAAACUGGUCUCCACCUCCACCAACUUGCAAAAGGGUCUAUUGCCCGGAACUGACGUAUAAUACAACUCGUUUAUGGACAAAAGUGAAAAGCUGUUCUGCGGGAAGAUUUUGCGUGGGCGAUAUGGUUACGUUCGUGCCUCGUCCUGGUUACUACCUGAAAGGUAGCUUUCACCUCAAAUGCUUGCCACCGACAUCAAUCUACGAAAAGACAGGCAACUGGAAUUCCAGCCAACCACAAACAUUUGAAAAGACGUGCCCUCCUGUACCCUCAAAGAUCAACAAAGGAUCUGUCAAUGGCACUGACAAUACAAUUCAUUCCACAGUAGAAUUUACAUGCUCAGAUGGCUACGAGUUAAUAGAUGGCGAUUCUAGAAUAGUUUGUAUGUCGUCGGGACAGUGGAGUGGAAAAAAACCAAGAUGUCAACACGUUUGCACUAAUCGCGGCCCGCAAAACGGGUCUGCUCAACUUUGCGUCGUUCGAAACAGAAGGGCAGAAUUAGUCUGUCUAGAAGCAGUCCAAUGCCCGUCAGAUUUCACUCCGGUGUGCUCUAGUGAUGCAGAAACUCACAACAACGUAUGUCGUAUGAAAAUUGCCGGCUGCAAAAAGUACGGCGCUAGAGACACAACGACUGCUGUAGCUAAAGGACAAUGUCGUUAUGCAAAUCGUUGUAUUGCUCCAAAAAUGCAGACAAACCUAACUAUAUCGGACGGACCAUAUGAGUACCCCCAUUCUAUCACUAUUGGUUGCAUUGACGGUCACGAAGUUCGUGGGGGCAGUGACGUAUACGAAUGGAAAUGCUCAGAAAAUGGAACAUGGUUUGACACAAAGACAAAAUUGCUUGGAAAAGUUCCGUCAUGCGCACCGAAAAACUGCAAAGAGCCAGCAGCGACUAAAGAUUGCACAUCAAGCGGAACAUAUUACCAGUACUCUGGAGUCAUUAACUAUACACGACCCUAUGGCUAUUGCAUUGAUGGUUCUAAUAAAAUCACUUGUAACAGCGACGGCGAAUGGUCAGGUCCACCACCUACAUGUAGAAGAAUUCGUUGCCCCCUUCUUGAAUCUCCAGAACAUGGCGAUAUAAAGUUUAAAUCAGUAGAAAGGUUUGUGAACGACAUAGCAGUUUAUCGCUGCAUUACCGGUUAUGACAUAUACAUGGACAAAAGUGUAUCAAGGAUUGUUCGCACGUGCUUACAACCAGAGGACCCUCGGCAAUGUGUUGGAAUAUGGAGCGAAAAACCGCCAUGUUGUAUACCGAGGUCAUGUCCGGAUCCUAAUAAUUCUAACUUCAGAAAUGGACUCAUACAAGGGAAUGCGUAUUUUUACCCAGAGACAAUCUCACUUAACUGCAUAAAUGGUCACGAACUCGUUGGCGGUGGACCCUAUUUUCAGUGCAAUCAAAGUGGCCAGUGGCAUGAAAUAUCAAAACACAGUAAAGAGGCAUCAAACAAGACAAAAGAGAGAAUCAAUUUAGAACUUGAAAAAGUCAAGAAUUGCAUAUCGCCAAUAUCAGAAACAAUCAGAACAAAGCACUUUUUACCCAAAGUAAGAAAAUUCCCUUCCUGCCAAACUGUGUCGUGUGGACGACCUCCUUCGCUACUGAAUGGAAGAUAUGAAGGACACGUCUUUAGCUACGGAGCCAUGGUACGCUACCACUGCAACGUCGGACACUGUCUCGUUGGAAACAAUACCUCCAUUUGUUUGAAAGAAGGUUAUUGGAGUUCAAACACUCACAGAAAAUGUCAAAUUCUGAAAUGUCCUAAUUUACAAUCGAUAUCAAAUGGUUCAGUUUCGGUGUCGUCAAACUAUUUGGGCGGAACGGCUACUUACCAAUGCAAAACUGGCUUUGAUAUCAUUGGUUCUCGUACAACAUCAUGCCAGAAACAUUCAUCGCCGCAUUGCAGUUUGACAUGGACAGAUCAUCCACCAACAUGUAGAGCUAAAGAUUGCGGCGAUCCGGGUGUCAUUAGUCGCGGAAGAAUAGCCGUGAUCCAAGGAGACGGAAGGCGAUAUCCCAGUUACAUCCAGUUUAUAUGCAAUCUAGGAUAUCAAAUUGUUGAAGGCACAGAGUUUAUGACGUGUUCAAGUUCACAAGUGUGGAAGGGAAAACGGCCAAAGUGUCAACCUGUUUAUUGUGGUGCGUUGGAAAAACCCAAGAAUGGUGAAAUUGUAGGCAACAACUUCUAUUUUGGAGAAUCCGUGAGAUUUUCUUGCAAUAGAGGAUACAUGAUGAUAGGAAAAGAGACUUUAACGUGCGAGACGUCUGGUACAUGGACAAAUAUUUCACCCAAAUGUAUUGAAACAAGAUGUUUUCCAAUUCAAAGACAGAAACAUGGGCGUGUUGUUGGAACAGGCAACCAAAUUGGCUCUAUUCUUGUAUUUCAAUGUACGCUAGGAUAUGCCUUGAAGGGAUCUUCAAAACUUCACUGCGUCCAAAUCAAAAAUUUACCAGCAAAAUGGAGCAUGCCAAUACCGGAAUGCCAAGCAAUACGGUGCGAGCCUUUACAGCCUCCUAAAAACGGGUUUAUCAGUGGCAGGAGUUACACGUUUCCGAAUUUUGUUGUGUAUGCAUGUAAAGAAGGUUAUAAACUUAGUGGAGAAUCAAAGCGCAACUGCAAUGGAUCUGGACAAUGGAAAGGAUUAGCGCCAAAUUGCCAACGUAUUACAUGCCCAUCAAUUCAAAACCCGCUAAAUGGAGAAUUGGUUGGCGAUGAUUUUUCUGUAAACUCUACAGUUGAAUUCGUUUGUAAUGCCGGAUAUGCUGUGCGAGGUUCGUCUACGUCUACCUGCCUUUCGCAAGGAAUGUGGUCACAUGACCCUCCAACAUGCCAAAGUAUAAAAUGCGCAGCACCGCCUAGACCAAAGUUUGGUAAAGUACUUGUUUCGCAAACUCAUGUCCGAAGCGUUGCUCGGUACUCUUGCUCGGUUGGGUACAGGCUCGUUGGCGUCACUCACAGGCAAUGUAUACAAACCUCUAAGUUCACUGUCGAAGCUACGUGGAGCGCUAAGUCUCCCAAAUGCAUUUCUGUGAGAUGUUCUACACUUCAUGCUCCACGAAACGGAAAAAUUGUUGGCGACAAUUUUUAUUAUCCACAUUUCGUGCUGUACUUGUGUGACUAUGGAUACCAGAUAGUUUCUGGUAACAGCACUAGAAAAUGUAACGAAAUAGGAAAAUGGACAGGCAUUGCGCCCUUAUGCAAAGGUGUUUGUGAAGUUGCAAGACUUAAUUGUUCUAACGCUAAGAUUUGUGCAGUGGACAGUGACGGCAGUGCAACGUGUAUAUGCAAAUCUCGGUCUACUUGUCCAUUAGAUGUCAGACCGGUCUGCGGUUCUGAUGGGCGAACUUAUGUAAACAAGUGUUUACUGGAAGUGGAGGCAUGCUUGUUUGGAUCAGACUCAUUAAGAACGACUAGUCAAGGAGUGUGUGAAUUCUCUUGUCAUAUCUGCCAUUCAAAUGCUGAUUGUGUUGAAAAUACCAAUUGCAGCUGCAAACCUCGUUUCGUUGGUGACGGAAGAGAAUGUUGCUUCGAAGAAUUAACCAACCAGGUGGCGUUACUUGGAUCUGCAGCAUGGUUCGAUUGCCAAGAAUCGUGCCAUCUUCCGUUUGGUUCUACUCAUUGGUACUUGAAUGGUCAAAUUCUAGACCACUCAGAUACUAAAUCUAGAUUUGCGAUUUCAAUAAACGGACGAGGACUUUCCAUUACGAAACUAAAGUUAGAAGAUGCCGGUGAGUAUACAUGCAGGGUGUCCAGCGACAGGCUCACUUACGAACGACAUGGACAUCUGGAUGUCAUCGAUCCAAUCAACCAAUUUUCGGCAAUUUCUCAAUGUUCAUCAGAUUGUGGUAAAAGUUGUGCUAGAAAGCCAUUUGUUGCUGGAGGCGACACGACUAGUCCUGGUGAAUUCCCAUGGCAAGCAAUGCUGUGUUCUCCUCGGCUGGGACGACAUUGUGGAGGAGUUCUCAUUUCAGAGAGAUGUGUGCUAACAGCAGCACAUUGCUUAAAGUAUCAGAGCAUAAACAGAAAGACUAUCACAGUUUGCUUGGGCAAACAUUGUGGCAAUUGCUCCGAAUCUGAUUCUUUAUCCAAUUCCGUUUGCUCCAAUUCUUCGUCGAUAAUCAUACAUCCAGAUUUUAAUCAAACUUCUUUCGAUCAUGAUAUCGCCGUUCUGAAACUUGCUCGUCCGGUAAACUGCAAUUGUCGAACGAUCAUGCCUGUGUGUCUACCAGACAAGGCAAGAGAUUCUUCAUACAUCCGUGCUCAACAAAACGGCAUUGUCACUGGAUGGGGUCGCGUCAAUUCGACAGUCAGCAGAUCUAGAUGUUUACGUAAAGGAGACGUCAGGUUAAAAUCUCGUCGUCUUUGUCAACUAAAGCAUCAAAGUUACCAAAUAACUGAGAACAUGCUGUGUGCUACUGAUUACAACGGUGCCUGUGAAGGAGACAGUGGCGGACCUCUGGUGGUAAAGAACAGAAAGUUUAGAGGUCGCUAUGUGUUGGCAGGAGUUGUGAGUUGGGGAAUCGGUUGUGGCGAAAAGACAAAGUUUGGAGUCUACACAGAUGUGAUCAGUCAUCUCGACUGGAUCAAGUCUAGUUGUGGCAUCAACUGAAUAUUGGAGUUUAUAGAGAUUAUCUCGACUCUGAGGAAGACAAAGAAUUUUGACCUUUCUUUCUGCUUGUUGCAUGUUUGCAUUCGACUGCUUAGACGUAGAAAAUGUUACUGAAUCGUCAAAACAAGAAUACGGCAAAGUAUUCGCAAAGCAGACGUAAUGGCUGUUUAAAUUAUAAAAGUUGAUGAUUGUCCUGAAAACUUCUCCAUCAAGUAUCUGAUAACUUUUAUAUUUGGACCAACAUAUUGAUUAG